AUGUUGGUUGAUGAGAGUGACUUCCCCAUGAUGAACAUGGCGAAACCGCAAACGUCUACUUCUUCUAAACAAAGUCUUGCUGCAAGACGACGAAGUGAAUUCGAAAAUGCCCAGCGUCGACAAAAAGUCAACGACCAACAGAAACCUGCGGGUAAAAAACAGCUACCCGAACCGACACACAUAGGUAACUUCGUGAUGAUGCUAAUAAUGAAAGCCUGUCGAAUGAUCAUUCUCGUUGAUACCUCGGUGAAGAUCGGGGUCUAUCUCAUCGGAGUCAUGAUCGGCUCGAUCAUAUGUGAUUUAUUUGUGGUUCCCAGAACGUUCAUGGCUGACAGACAUAAUGUUCUCAACCAGUACUUUGUAAAACUAGGCUGGGGAUGGACAUUUACAUUUGUCGGUAUUUACAUUUUGCUGACAAGCUUUGUGUACUGUUGUCGAGAUGUGGCUAAAAUAUGUCAGCAUUUGAUGCGACUGGUCGUGGGGACUCUCUGGUGGUAUCUCUGCACGUCCGUUUUCAUGCACAUCGAAAGCACCAUGGGAAUCUGUACCCAGCCUGGACAUGGCGACAAAGCCGCUUGCCUUGAGGCUGGCAAGAGCUGGCUCGGGUUUGACAUUUCCGGACAUGUAUUUCUUGAAAUCCACUGCCUUCUGAUCAUUUCCGAGGAGGUGAAGACUUUCAAAGAGUGGAAGAGACUCGGAGAGAUUCUACACAGCGAGCACUUACAAGACAAGCGGAAUUUGUCAGAGGAUGAAAUUCUUCAAGCCCAAAUGAACUACAAAACACUGACACCUUUUAUCAAAGUUGUUGUGCUAAUUCUUACCAUUAUGCUGGUGUUAUUUGAAUUCAUGCUUCUGAUAUCGACAAUUUACAGGUUUCAUACACUUCCCCAAAAGGUGUCAGCGUCGUUUAUAGCAGUCAUUUGCUGGUUUCUGAGUUAUCGUGUUUUGUUUCGAUCAGGAAACCCAUUUCCGUUUGUUCCUGUGAUGCCAGGGUAUUGUAUUUUGAAUUUUAUGAAAGUUAGCUAG